CUCCGCCCACAUACUGUGGCGUUGGGAUGGGUGAGGAGAAAAUAGAUUUCCAUCACAGUUGAGAACUCUCGUACAGGCUUCUCUCAAACGAACGGACAAACACAAAAGAAUAAAAUUAAACCCUUGGGAAAACCAACUCAACUAAAUGGCGAAAAUAAGCUUGCCCAUAAGAAUGGAAGCAAAGUAGAUUUUAUGUUGAAACAAACUUAAGGACCACAAGCAUCAGUAAAAAGAAUAACAUCACGAGGAUUGAAAAUCUUUUCAGUGCCUGAAACCCAAAGACAGCUUAUUUAUGAUAAACAAAAGUUGCUUUUGUGAUGAGGCCAAAGACCUUUCCAGCCACUUCAUAUACUGGAAACAGCCGUCAGAGACUGCAGGAAAUUCGGGAGGGGUUGAAACAACCUCAUAAACCCUCAGGCCAGGCUUUAAAUGUUGGCUCCAACAAUGAAACCCCGCUAGACCUGAAAGCCAUAGUUGCAAAGGAUGCUACCAGACAACAACAAAUGCGACCUGUCCCAAAAUUUGGGCCUCAUCAGAAAGCUCUCCGAGAAAUCAGAAACUCUCUGAGGCCAUUUGCAAAUGAGUCUGGUUCAUCUGCCAGUGUUGAAGUAAAUAGACAGAUGUUACAAGAGUUGGUGAAUGCUGGAUGUGAUCAGGAAAUGGCAAUCCGAGCACUGAAGCAGACUGGCAGCAGAAACUUAGAAGCUGCUCUAGACUUCAUAAGUAAGAUGGGCUACCUGGAUCCUAGGACUGAACGGAUCGUAAGAGUUAUUAAGCAAACAUCAUCAGGAAAAAGUAUUGGAUCACAUCCUCUUGAUCGUAGGCCAAGUUUUGAAGGAUCAAAUGACUCUUUGUCUACUUAUCAUCAGAUGGGCAAUCCAAUGUAUGAUUUAGCAGAUACUGGAGCUGCAAAUGCACCAAAUAUGAAUUUUUUAGUUGCUGCUGGACAAGCUGUAACAGUUAACACUCCAGGGCAAAGGUGCUCCCCCUUAGGACCUCACUCUGCAAUUGGUGGACAGAAUCCUCCAUCAAAUGCUAUGUUCUCAUCCACAACUUGUGAUAUUAAACAUCAACAAAUACCGUUUUCAGCCAAAGGAGAAACAGGCCAAUCUGUUCAAAUGCUAAAUUACACUCUUUCAAAUCAUAGCAGCCAACCAAUUGCAUUGCAAAGCCCUCAAGUGUCAAGCAAUCCACAUUAUUUGAGGCAGCAUUUAAUGGCUCAAGGAGAAAAUAAUGUCUCCCUAGGUUAUGCUGUCCAAAGAAGUUCAUCUUUCCAAAACAAGGUGCAACAAGAAGGAAAUUAUGGAACCCUUCAUAAUAAAAGCCCUGUUACUCAAGGCAUUCCUGGCCAGACGUUCCAACAACCUCCAACAGUUUUAUACUUGCCUCAGUCCCAUCAUAGACAACAAAGUCCUACAUCUCCUCAAAUACAAAUGUUAUCAAGCCUAACUUCUUCAUUUGGAAAUGAGUUUUCAGAACUUGCUCCAAAUAUGAUCACACCCUCAAGAAAUAGCCUCAACAUGGACAUUUUUGAUAUUAAUCCUUCCCAGGUGCAACAUUGGCAAGUACCAUCUCUUUCAAGGAGGGAUUCCUUGCAGAACACUGGACUAGAAACAUUACCAAGACCACCUAGCCAUCUUAGGCCAGAUAGCCAAAUUCCAAACAGAACUAAUUCGUUCAACAAUCAACUUCAAACUUCACCAUCUGUGAGACAAAUGCAAACCAGCAAAACAGAAUCAUCCCUAAACACUACCAACACUAUUACAGCAGUAACAUCAACCCCUAUUCUUCAACCUGUGAAGAGCAUUCGAGUUCCAAGACCUGAACCUCAAACUGCUGUAGCACCUUCACAUCCAGCAUGGUUGCAGAAUCAGGGUACAGACAGCAAUGAUACAAUGGAGCAAAAAUCCUUGGCACGAGCUGGAGCAGCAGCCUAUAUCCUUGAACCUGAUGAUUACACUAUGAAAGAGAUUAGAUGUCUUCCACCACCGUAUCCAAAACAUUUAUUACUUCAGAACAACGCAGAGCAAUUUGAUGCUAAUGCUAUGUCCAUGGAUGUGGAGCAGUGUAUCAGUGGUGUUCACAGUUUGACAUGCAAUAAGACGGAGGAUAGCAACAAUGAGAAAAGUGAGAAAUGUAGCAAGCCUAAUAAACCAGAGAAGACAGGAAAGGACAAGAAACGUAUUCAAACAUCCCCUGUGCCGUUUCGCAAAAAUAAAGGUGAAGAGAAAAGGGAAUCGCGAAUUAAGAGUUACUCCCCCUUUGCUUUUAAAUUUUUCAUGGAACAACAUGUAGAAAAUAUCAUGAAAACAUAUCAGCAAAAAUUAAACAGAAGGCUACAGUUGGAGCAAGAGAUGUCAAAGGCAGGACUCUCCGAGGCAGAACAGGAGCAGAUGAGGAAAAUGCUUAAUCAGAAAGAGUCUAAUUACAACAGACUGAAAAGAGCAAAAAUGGAUAAGUCACUCUUUGUAAAAGUUAAGACACUGGGAGUUGGUGCCUUUGGGGAGGUCUGCCUAGCUCAAAAGGUGGAUACCAAUGCUCUGUAUGCAAUGAAAACCUUACGGAAAAAGGAUGUGUUAAGUCGUAAUCAAGUGGCCCAUGUGAAAGCAGAGAGAGAUAUUCUGGCUGAAGCUGACAAUGAAUGGGUGGUCAAGCUCUACUAUUCUUUUCAAGAUAAGGAAAAUUUAUACUUCGUGAUGGACUACAUCCCAGGUGGAGAUAUGAUGAGUCUCUUGAUACGAAUGGGAGUUUUUCCUGAGUCACUGGCAAGGUUCUAUAUUGCAGAAUUGACUUUAGCUAUUGAGAGCGUUCACAAAAUGGGAUUUAUUCACAGGGAUAUUAAACCUGACAACAUCCUUAUUGAUCUUGAUGGACACAUUAAGCUCACAGAUUUCGGUCUUUGUACUGGAUUUAGGUGGACUCAUGAUUCCAAAUACUAUCAGAAAGGGAGUCAUGUGAGACAGGACAGCAUGGAACCAAGUGAUCUCUGGGGAGACUUGUCUGACUGUAAGUGCGGUGAUAGAUUAAAGACCCUCGAACAGAGGGCUGCCCGACAACACCAAAGAUGUCUAGCCCACUCAUUGGUUGGAACUCCAAAUUACAUAGCUCCUGAGGUUCUGUUACGCAAAGGAUACACUCAACUUUGUGACUGGUGGAGUGUGGGAGUUAUAAUGUUUGAAAUGUUAGUAGGUCAGCCUCCUUUUCUUGCUCCAACACCUGCAGAAACUCAAAUUAAGGUGAUAAAUUGGGAGAGCACACUCUACAUUCCUCCACAAGUAAAGCUUAGUUCUGAGGCAACAGAUCUCAUCAUAAAGCUCUGUUGCGGAGCCAGUGACAGAUUGGGUGGAAAUGGAGCAAAUGAAAUUAAGGGUCAUCCUUUUUUUGUUUCUAUUGAUUUUUCUGAAGACAUCCGCAGACAGCCAGCACCUUAUGUCCCAAAGAUAAGCCAUCCCAUGGACACGUCCAACUUUGACCCAAUUGAAGAAGAUAACUCAUGGAAUGACAGCAAUAAUAGCACCAAAACAUCUGACACACUAACUAGUCAUGUUUGUGGCAAUAAGCAUCCAGAACAUGCGUUUUAUGAGUUCACCUUCCGAAGAUUCUUUGAUGACAAUGGUUAUCCUUUUCGGUAUCCAAAACCCAUGGACAAUGGUGAGCCCAAACAGAAUCAGACAGAGAUGAGUCAGAGGAAUUCUGUUGACCAUGGUGAAAGCUAUCAGCCUGUAUAUGUUUAAAAUUUAUAUAUAACGUCUUAUGUGAAAUUUUUCUGUUAUGCCAUUUGAAACAGUGCAACACAGUAUAGAAAUGAAGAUUGAUUGUUGAAAACAGAAAGCACUUACUUUAUGGUAUAUUGUGCCCUCUAGGAAUGAUUGUUGAGUCCCUACUGCUGAAUGUGUUCUUUGAAAAAUGUGCGAUAUUUGACAUCAACAUUAAUUUUAAAGCAGAGAGUACAGCUCUGUAUAAAUAAUAAAUGACAACAAACUUUGAAUACAUCUGGAACAUUUAGACAGGAUUGCAAAUAUAUGGAGAAAACUGUAAGAGGUUUUCUGGCUACGUGCAAUAAUAUGUAAAUCAUUAUGUUUUUAUAUAAAGUGCAAUUGGUAACUGUAAGACAAUAAAAGUACAAUGAUCUUAUAAACAUUCUGUUAAUUUUAUAAUAAUCUAUAUUGAAAGGUCUGGAGCAAAUUGCAUAACACUUGAUGCUGCUUUAUGCCCUUGUAUGAUACAUACAAACUAUUUUUCAAUACAAACUGAGAGAAGGGUGCGUUGAUGAAUGGGUUAUGCAUCCGGGUAUGCUUUUAGUGUGUGGAACUGAAUGCAUGAACAGUAUUUUUUUUCUUCUCACUAAAGUCAGUUUAUGGAAUAUUUUUAAAACAGGCAGGUCCUGUAUGAGUUGAUUCAUUUAUAUGAAUUUUAAAAACAAUCAAGCUCUUUCUUGAGAAGCCAUUAUGUUAAUCUGCCUCUUUAGUACUGUCUGAGAUUUUGUUUCCUUGUGUGUUCUACAUAAGUUUUUCUUUUCUUCUAUUCACAAUUCAUACUUAUUUUAAGAUGUUAUCGCAGUCAAACUAGGUGCGAUUUUCAACCAUUUUACAAAUUAAUAUGGACACAGAAUGUUUUACCAUUAAUCAGUGUGAAGUUACUAUAGUCCAAUGAAAAUUAUGUUGUAAUAGUCUGAAAUUAAAAUUAUUGGUAGUUGUUAUUAGCCCAAGAAAGACCAUCCAAUGUAAUUGUUUAUAAAAGAAUUUUUUUCCUCAUCUGUAAUAACUGAGUGAGUUCUUAUGUAAUUAAUACAUUUCAUAGCUGCACUUAAUUAAUUGUAAUUUAUAUUGAUAUGCAAAAUUAUCAAGUUUAUCAUGUUUUCUAAUCAUUGGUGUUGCCUUAUUUCUGAAAUUAAUGUGACAUAAUCAAAGAAUAAUGGAUAUGUGUACUCAGUUCUGGAGGUGUGAUGUAAUAUCUCUCAACAGUUGAUAUGAAAAAUAGCUAUCAAAAAUAUGACGAAUGUUAACAUAAAAGAAAACUUGCAACAGUAGUCAAUUUGACUGUUAAAAUAUUAACAGAAUAACAUUCAGUAAAUUGUUAUCAGACCUAUUAUUGGACAAGUCAUAUCAUAAAACAUUCAGUUGUCAUUCCUUGGACAUUCGUUAACUAGAUUUGUAACACUUACUACCAUUCAACCAAUGAAUCUUUUUUUUGCUUUGUUUGUCAAUUUUUCAAAUAGAUGGGUAUGGAAAAUAGUUGGAAAGCUACAAUGGUAUGGGGGAAGGGCAGCAGGACAUUUGGAGAAGAGGUAACAUUAUUUAGAACAACAUUCUGUGUCAAAUUAAAAUGUAAGGAGGUUGAAUAUUAGAAGAUACUUCUGUUAUACAAUCAUCAUCAAAUAUGCCGGAAUCUGAUUUGGAAAGCUGGUCAAUAUUUAGAAUAAUUGCAUUUACAUUAAUUAUGACAAUUUUAUUUGGCUGUACAAUGUAUCAAGUGUUUUUUUUCUAAUUUUGAAAAACUUUGACUAUCUAUGCAAUGUGGAAAUACAAUUAGUAAAUGUCUUUGUAAACCUUUAGAGCACACAGUCGUCUAAAAUAAAAAGCAUAUGCUAUUCAAACUUUAUGAAAAAUGUUAUCUAUUUUGUAUGAACUUGUUUACAUUUCUAUACAUAGGUGUGUUCUGAACAUAUGAGAAUUAUUGUGUUGCUUGUUCCGUGACAGUCUCUUUUUCUCCAGUAUUAUUGGUUUUUUUUAACUUUGUCACACAUCCGCCAGAACUCCCGUUACAAUUUUCC